AUUUGUGUCAGGUUGCCCCAACCUCGCCGUCGUAUCUGUACACAAAACAAGUGCAAAGUCUAAACUAGGCUACAUAUGCAUUUCUUCAGCCGUUUCAAUAAUGCAGUGCGCUGUCACAGCAGGCUGUGUAGAAUACAUGGGAUGUUACCGUGAAGACGGCAAUAGGAUGCUCGGUGCUGUUUGGCGUCAAGGGGACACAAUGACCCAUGGGUUGUGUUUCAAGCUGUGCUCCAGAGGUGGUCACAAGUAUGCAGCAUUGCAGAUCUCCAAGCAAUGCUUCUUUGGAGAUUCCAUCAACAUAUUCAGAUAUCCAAAGAAACCGGAAAGUGACUGCAAUCGACCUUGCAGGGGAAACACAAGUGAGAUGUGUGGCGGGACUUGGAAAAAUUCCCUUUACAUGUUGUUCUAA